UGCGGUAUCCCCCUUGAUGAGACCGGCGUUGGUGGAAUCAGGCGACAUCUCACGGAGUACCAUGCGGACGUGUCUCAGUGUAAUGGCAACAGUGACCUCAUUCGGUGCGGCUGGAAUAACGGCACAGGCGAGUGUGGCCAGGCCGUAGACGCCGUCCACUAUGCGCGGCAUAUUUCAACAGUUCACCUGCACCUCGGUGCAUGUAUUUGCGAGUACUGUGGAGUGGUUUUCAGCAGGCUGGAAUCCUUGAAGCGCCAC